GUGAUCCUCUGCAGUAACAUACACACACCCUGGGCUCUGCACACAGCAGCCUCAGCAACACUGCCCGUGUCUCCUGUGCCCGGGGAUGGACUCCCUGGCAGCCUGAGAUCACUCCAAGCCUGGCACCACUGAUCAUGAUCAGCAGAUAGCACCAUACAUGAUGACCAUGGCUCUCCGCAAGAGGAGUCGUCAUGCAUUGGGUUUCCUGUGCUGCUUUGGGAGCAGCGAACACCCGGAAAUUAACCUCAAGGACAAUAAUCCCCUCCAGUUUUUGGAGUUCUCAGGGCCGAUACCAUCUCCGGAAGAGCUGAAUGCCAGGUUCUCCGAGCUUGUGGAUGAGCUGGAUCUCACAGACAAGAACCGGGAGGCCAUGUUUGCCCUCCCCCCAGAGAAGAAAUGGCAGAUUUACUGCAGCAAGAAGAAGGAACAAGAAGAUCCGAAUAAACUGGCGACCAGCUGGCCAGACUAUUACAUCGACAGGAUCAACUCCAUGGCAGCCGUAAACGGUUUACCCGCCUUUGAUGAGGAAGAUACAGAACGAGAAUAAAUUGUAGAAGACUUGAAGACGGCGCUCCGGACCCAACCGAUGAGGUUCAGCCCCUGACAUUAUGUUGUCACCAGGUUCAUAGAGCUGGAUGGUUUGACUUGCCUCUUGAAUUUCCUGAAGAGCAUGGAUUACGAGACAGCGGAGAGCCGCAUACACACAUCCGUUAUAGGAUGCAUGAAGGCUCUGAUGAACAACUCCCAGGGACGGGCGCACGUUUUAGCGCAUCCUGAGUGCAUCAAUAUCAUCUCCCAGAGUUUACGGACUGAGAACAUCAAAACCAAGAUCGCCGUUCUGGAGAUCCUGGGGGCGGUCUGCCUGGUACCGGAUGGGCAUAAGAAAGUCCUGCAAGCCACUCACUACCAGGUGUACGCUGGACGCACCAGGUUUCAGACGCUGCUGAAUGAGCUAGACAGGAGUUUGGGGAGGUAUCGAGACGAAGUGAACCUGAAAACCGCCAUCAUGUCCUUUAUCAAUGCCGUCCUCAACGCUGGCGCUGGAGAGGUGAAUCUUGAAUUCCGGUUGCAUCUUAGAUAUGAGUUCCUUAUGUUGGGGAUCCAGCCAGUUAUUGACAAGCUGAGACAACAUGAAAAUGCCACCCUAGACAGACAUCUGGACUUCUUUGAGAUGGUGAGGAAUGAAGACGAGGUAGAGCUGGCCAAGAGGUUUGACACAGUUCACAUCGAUACCAAAAGUGCAACAGAGAUGUUUGAGUUGAUAAAGAAGAAGCUGAAGCACACGGACGGAUAUCCAUACCUGUUGUCAUCCUCCAGACUGCUCCAGAUGCCGUACAAGCGUAAUGGCAGCAACCUGCAGCAGUGGCAGCUCCUGGACCGGAUCCUACAGCAGAUCGUCCUCCAAGAUGAGAAAGGUGAAGAUCCCGACGUGACUGUUCUGGAGAACUUCAGUGUCAAGAACAUCAUUAAGAUGCUAGUGAAUGAGAAUGAAGUCAAGCAAUGGAGAGAACAAGCGGAGAAGUUUAGGAAAGAACACGUGGAACUGGCCAGUCGACUCGAGAAGAGAGAGCGGGAAUGUGAAACGAAGACGCAGGAGAAGGAGGACAUGAUGAAGACCUUGAACAAGAUGAAGGACAAGCUGCAGAAGGAGUCGUCCGAGCUGCGUCUGGCCAAAGAUCAGAUGACGGAGCUGAUGUCUCAGCUGAACGAGCACUCGACCGGUGGUCCGAUAUCCUACCCUCUUCCUCCACCACCACCUCCUGGUGGUCCUAUGUCUCUCCCACCACCUUUACCGGAGUAUUUGCCGCCUCCACCACCACCACUGCAGUCAUUCUCUUGUUUCCCCCCGGCCCCUCCGCCUCCACCACCGCCUGGGGGACCCCCGCCACCUCCCGGAGCUCCGCCAUUCUUUGGGAUGGGCAUGCAGGCACCACCUCUCCACUCCUUUACCUGUGGAACAAACUCGAGGAAGAAAUCCAUUCCACAACCAUCGCACCCACUGAAGUCCUUUAACUGGUCCAAACUGAAUGAGGACAAAAUCAGUGGAACAAUCUGGAAUGAUAUUGACGACGUCCGAGCCUUUAAAAUUUUGGAUCUAGAAGAAUUUGAGAGAAUGUUCUCAGCUUAUCAGAGACACCAGAAAGAGGUUGAUUCCAUGGAGGAUCUCUACCUGUCCAGCCGCAAGGUGAAGGAGCUAUCCGUGAUUGAUGGGCGCAGGGCGCAGAAUUGUGUCAUCCUUCUCUCCAAACUCAAGUUGUCCAACGAGGAGAUUAAGAAAGCCAUUAUGGAGAUGGAUGAGCAAGAAGAUCUCCCUAAAGAUAUGCUGGAGCAGCUCUUGAAGUUCAUCCCUGAGAAGAGCGACAUUGACCUGCUGGAGGAACACAAACACGAGAUUGACCGCAUGGCGCGGGCUGACCGCUUCUUGUAUGAGAUGAGCAGGAUCGACCACUAUCAGCAGCGGCUGCAGGCUUUGUUUUUCAAGAAGAAGUUCCCAGAGCGAUUAGCGGAGGCGAAGCCUAAGGUUGAAGCCCUGCUCCUGGCCUGCAAGGAACUGACCCGAAGCAGACGAUUAAAGCAGCUUUUUGAAGUCGUCUUGGCCUUCGGAAACUACAUGAAUAAAGGCCAGAGAGGAAACGCGUUUGGCUUCAAAGUUGCGAGUCUGAAUAAGAUCAUUGAUACCAAAUCCAGUAUAGACAGGAACAUCACCCUCUUGCACUACCUAAUUAUCAUAUUUGAGAAGACGUACCCUGACAUCCUCAACAUCCAGGGGGAACUCGAGCACCUCUCCGAGGCGGCUAAAGUCAACUUGGUCGAGUUGGAGAAGGACGUGCACAAUAUAAAGACCGGACUGAGGGCCGUGGAGUCGGAACUGGAGUAUCAGAAGCGCCACUACAGGAAUCCCGAGGACCAUUUUGUGCCAGUAAUGAGUGACUUCAUCACGGUGGCCAGCUUCAGCUUCUCGGAGGUCGAGGACCUGCUGAGUGAGGCCCGAGAUAAGUUCGCCAAAGCAAUGAAACAUUUUGGAGAAUCGGAGGGUAAAAUGCAGCCGGAUGAGUUUUUUGGCAUCUUUGAUACUUUUCUGCAGUCAUUUUCUGAGGCCAAGCAAGAUCUGGAGAAUAUGAGAAAGAAGAAGGAGGAGGAAGAACGAAGGGCUCGGAUGGAAGCCAUGCUUAAGGAGCAACGUGAGAAGGAGCGGCGACUUAAGAAGGCCAAAGCCGGCAGUAUAUCGGAAGAAGGCGGCGAGUUUGAUGAUCUGGUGUCAGCAUUAAGAUCGGGGGAAGUUUUUGAUAAGGACAUAUCCAAACUUAAGAGGAACCGGAAACGUUCCGGUAACCAAAUUCUGGACACUAGCAGAGAGAGGGCAGUGACGAAGCUAAGUUAUUAGGAUCAGACAUAGAGACGUUGCAGCGUGGACCAUAGUGCGUGGGAGAUGAGUCAAGGUCACCGGAAACUGCCCUGCGGAACUAAAGAACUUCACCUCUGUGUGACCAAGAUCAUUCCCACCAUAGCUUGAGCAUCAAGCUCUUCAAAGUGCCUCAGUGGAAAAACGCAGUGGACCAGGUCCAUGUCUAUGAGACCUGCAGGAGAACGUGCCGCAGUCACGCUUUACAAGUGCCAAAUAUUUUAAUUAUUUUUGCACUGUCUAAAUCUUUGGUAUUUUGUACAGUAUCUACCCUAAGGCUUCAAGCUCUCCAAAAACAUUACACCCACAGAUAGACGACGAUGGGAACAUUUUCUGUGGCCAAUAAUAGAUGUAAAUAGAAAAUUCCAGGUACGGAAUUUAAAGUAAAAAUUCUUAAAUUUUCUUUUUAGAUUUAACAGUAACAUUUCAGCUGCAAGUAAUAGUAUCAGAGCCCCCCUUCUACUCUACGGUCAUGUACGGGACCUCGCACAAACGUACUCUUUGUAAUUCCAGGACCUUCUCCAAAAUCUCAAAACCACUGUACGAUUGCAACAUGUUGUGCACUUUUUACCUUUUUCAUGUGUUGCCAUGGUUAGUAUUGGCUUCGAGAACGCUGAAAAGUUUCAGCUGUCUCAACAAAAGCACAAACAUUUCGUAACCGAAAAAUAGGGGGGGGAAAAGGGCGCAUCAUCAGGUUCUGGAACCCAACCUUAUCACUGCCAAAAACAUGGGAGAUAUACUUUGUCAGACACAUGAAAGAGCCAAAAAUAGUUAUGUUCUAGCGCAUCAAAAUGUAGACUUUUUUUUUUUAUAGGAAUGAGAGUAGAACUGGCAGGGACACAAGUCAUGGGAUUUAGGGUCUUGGUCAUAAAGUUAGACUUUACUUGACCUCAAGUUUCAAAAUCUUGGGACAACAAUGGAAGAAUGAGGUUGAAUGCAGAACAUAUGUGUACUGUCCAGAAUCUAGAACCAUUGGUGGUGGCAAAGAACUUAGAAAUGUAGAGCAGUGGUCGUGGGUCUUCUAGCUUAUGGUGGUAACCCUGUAAAUCAUCUAUGGACCAGCAAUGGAAACAUCUUGGACAAUGUGUAGCAGGAAGAACCUCACAACACGCAAAUAUUAUUUAUGGAACAAACCCUCAAUCAGUGAAUAGAAACGUAUAACAUCUAAAUGUUCUCAAGCAAAUGCACACCAAUGGAGAUGUCUUGUCUUCAACACUUUCUUCAUCAUGUGACGGUAGACUUGGAUCUACUUGAGAGUUGGUACAGCCUUCUAAAAUUUUUGUCUCAUCUUGGUGAAAAUCUUUUUGAGAUGUCUUGGACCACAUGUGGCAAGAAGAACCAUGGCGCAUGUCAACUUUACAGUUAACCUUGGAUGUAUCGAAGACUUGGGUCUACUGGGGAGAUGAAACAAUGGUUACUAUUUUGAGGUUGGACCAUGCAGGAAUGGAGACCUUUUGUCUUGGGUUAUCAGUGGAUAAUUUGCACAUGUAUUCUGCCUACCGCUGGUCGUAGUUGUGGGUCUACUGCAUCCCAAAGCUGUAUCUUCUUAUCAUGUCUGGUACAACGCUCUCUAUAUCAAGACUUCUCAUAGGCUUCCCCAAUGAAAAGUGGCAUGGUGGUCCUCCAGUCUCCACGACCCAAGUCACUUCUGUAGAAAUGAAGCACUUAUCCUGGAGUGUUCCUGAGGACCCUGGUACCUUCUGCGGCAAUAAUAUAUAUCUAUGUGGCAUGAUGACUGGUUUUGUUGUAAGUUUCCUUUUUUACUGAGUUGUCGACAUAUAAAAGGGAAGUGUCUGAAGAUGGAAAAUAUCUGGAGCCGCAGAUUAAAUUUUGUAGCUGCUUCUAUACGUCAUAGGACACGCCAUGAGAGUACUAAGCCGUACCAGAAACAAAUAGUGGCUUCACAAUGAAAUUUAUGGCACCAGGUUUUCUGUAGGCAUCAUUGAC